AUGGAAGAAAUAUGUGGAGCCAAAGUUGGCAACAUGGUCAAUAAGGCCAAGCCAUAUGUGUUAACUGUUGGGUUGCAAUUUGGGAUGGCAGGGACAUACCUCUUCACCAUGGCAAGUCUCAACCAUGGAAUGAGUCGUUUGGUGUUCAUUGUGUAUCGCAAUGCUAUUGCUGCAUUGGCUCUUGCUCCCUUCGCCUUGAUCUUUGAAAGGAAAGUUAGGCCAAAGAUGACAUGGACUGUCUUCGUACAGAUACUAGUACUUGGAUUUCUUGAGCCAGUGGUUGACCAAGGUUUCACUUUCUUGGGGAUGCAAUACACUUCUGCUUCCUUUGCAUCUGCUGUUAUGAAUGCGGUACCCUCUGUAACCUUCGUGCUUGCAGUAAUUCUCAGGUUAGAGCGUGUAAGAAUCAAGGAACUACGUAGUCAAGCGAAGGUGGUGGGAACCUUGGUAACAUUUGCUGGGGCUUUGUUAAUGACACUAUACAAAGGUCCUCAGUUUGACCUAUUUCAUCACUCAAACACAACUCACCAACAAGGUGGAAGUCACUCCUCUCAGAAUAAUCAUUCACACUGGGUCACAGGAACUCUCUUCAUUUGCCUCGGUUGUCUGGCUUGGUCUUCCUUCUACAUAUUGCAGUCCAUAACGGUGAAAAGGUACCCUGCGGAACUGUCACUGUCAUCGUUGAUAUGCUUGGCAGGUGCAUUGCAAAGUGCUGUGGUAGCUCUCAUUGCAGAUCACAACCCUCGUGCAUGGGCGAUACGUUUCGACUACACCCUCUAUGGCCCUCUAUACACUGGAAUAAUGAGUUCAGGAAUAGCAUAUUAUAUACAAGGGCUGGUAAUGCAAAGCAGAGGCCCAGUAUUUGUGACAUCAUUUAAUCCUCUUUGCAUGAUCAUUGUCACUGCUUUGGGCUCCUUUCUUCUUGGAGAACACCUCUACCUUGGAAGUAUCAUUGGAGGCAUCAUUAUCGCAGUGGGACUUUACUCUGUGGUGUGGGGGAAAGGGAAAGACUAUGAAAAUGGCACGUCAUCUUCACCAGCAAGAACAAAAGAAACAGAAACAUUGCAGCUCCCAAUUACCUCACCAAAUAAUAAAUAG